GCUUGAGAUCCCCGUGAACUGUGGAAAGAGUAAACAAUCCCUUUUUCUCGUUUUCUCCUCAGUAUCAGCGAAGAAUUUACAUUGAUAUCAGAGGGCUCAGGCUGUAGGCUGUUAAAACUAAAACCAUGGCCAAGGACAUGACUCUGCUGUGGGGCUCCGGCUCUCCUCCCUGCUGGAGGGUGAUGAUCGCUCUGGAGGAGAAGAACCUGCAGGGCUACAACCAAAAACUGCUCUCCUUUGAGAAAAUGGAGCACAAGUCACAGGAAGUGUUAGAUAUAAAUCCCAGAGGACAGCUUCCCUCUUUAAAACAUGGAGACGUCAUCGUGAAUGAAUCCUACGCAGCAUGUUUUUACCUGGAGAGUCAGUUUAAGUCCGAGGGAAACAAACUGAUCCCAGACAGCCCGGCAGAACAAGCACUGAUGUACCAACGCAUGUUUGAGGGUCUCACAUUCUACGAAAAACUCACCGCAGUUCUCUACUAUGACUGGCUUGUCCCUGAAGGAGAGAGGCAUGACUCAGCUGUGAAGAGAAACAGGGAAGCUCUGGCCACUGAACUCAAGCUCUGGGAGGAUUACCUGCAGAAGCUGGGCUCCGACUCUCACCUGGCAGGACCAUCCUUCUCACUGGCAGAUGUGACCGUUUUCCCAACUGUUGCUUUUCUUUUCAGAUUUGGGUUGUCUGCUGAGCAUUACCCUAAACUGGGAGAGUAUUAUGCUCUGUUGAAGGAGCGGCCCAGCAUCAAAGCCAGCUGGCCUCCUCAUUGGCUGGAGAACCCCAAGGGACAAGACACACUCAAAGACAUCUGAGAUUAACACACACUGUACAGUUGGUUUCUAUAAAAAUGCUUUUGCUUUUGUGUAAUACAGUUUCAGCUCACCUUUUGGCAAAUAUGAUACAGCUCUUUUAUUUUUCUGAUAUGGUCAAGGAAAGAAAGCGUUGAGAUCACCAGUAUGUGCUAAAUAUACUAGUGUUAAAAGGGCAGAAAUGUGGUUUGUUUUGUCAAACUAACUUUUAUAUUUAGUUUAAAAGUGUUUAAAAGAGUUCUGUUUCUGUCAAAUAUUUGACAAAAAUCGGUUGAUAAACACAGGCUAUGUUAAACUGUGCAACACGUGUUGUUUGCAGGGUAACGGGCAUAAGUAGCAGGCAAAAUGUCACAUUGUGAUAUUGUUGACAUAGCAUCUUUAGUUGCUCAGAUACAUGGUGUGUAUAACUAACAUCAAUCUAUGUUGGCUAAUACAUGUACAAGUUACUAUAACAGCAGUUUUCAAUGCAUUUUCAGUCUUCUUGUGAAGUCAGUUAUUUUAGUGUAAUAGGUUUCAGCCUAUUUGUUGUACUAAAUAACCUCCACUCCAGGGUACAUGUCCUGCGGCUCCACACUGCAUUGUAGACCACUAUACUGGCUCUACAAUGAUACUGCAGCAUAGGCCAAAUAAAACCUAGAGGUCACUGUUGAAGUCUGAGAGUAAGAUAUGUGUUACAGUUUGGACUUUACAGUUGCUGUUGUAGAGCUUAAGUGGUUAGAUGGUCACAUAAGAGGUGAACACAACAUUGCUUGAACCCCAAUAUUCAGGGCAAGUCUAGCAUGGAUUUUCAGUGUCACGUCUCAAUAAAAAAAAGUUGGCAGUGUCUGAGGACAUGAA